CUGGCGGCGCCUCUUUUCCUUUUUUCUUUUUUGGAUUCAGAACCUCUCUUUCGUUUGACGUGAUUGCAUUUUUUUUGCAUUUUUUUUUCUAUUUACUUUUGAAGCAAUAGCUGCUUCAGACACUCCUUAGAAACACAAACAGCUUUUCUCUUUCCGUUCCCUUACGUGAACAAUUACAAUCGCUAUAACCACCUUGAGAAUCGCAAAUUACCGCUUUCGACAGCAAUAAACUUCAAAAACUCCGAAUAUCAUUCACAUCCGCAAAAAUGGGCUUGUCCAAGCUCUCCGUUUCCCUGCUCGCCCUGGCCAGCAGCGCCAUUGGAGCUGAUCUUCCCGCCAUCACAGCCAAGGGCUCCAAGUUCUUCUACCCCAACGGCACCCAGUUCUUCAUCAAGGGUGUUGCGUACCAGCAGGAUGUUGGCCAGGCCGGCACCACCAGCUCCUCUGGCAACUCAACCUUCAUCGACCCCCUCUCCAGCGAGGCCAACUGCAAGCGUGACAUUCCGCUGCUGCAGCAGCUCGGCACAAACGUGAUCCGAACCUAUGCCAUCGACCCCACGGCCGACCACUCGGCCUGCAUGUCGCUGCUCGAGGCUGCCGGCAUCUACGUCUUCUCCGAUCUGGGCGAGCCCUCGCUGUCCAUCAACCGCGACUCCCCCAGCUGGGACACCGACCUGUUCGCCCGCUACCAGGCCGUUGUCGACGAGAUGCAGAAGUACUCCAACGUCAUCGGCUUCUUCGCCGGUAACGAGGUCUCCAACGCCAAGAACAACACCAUGGCCUCUGCCUUUGUCAAGGCCGCCGUGCGUGACACCAAGGCCUACAUCAAGUCCAAGAAGUACCGCUGGAUGGGUGUCGGCUAUGCCGCCAACGACGACGUCGAUAUCCGCUCCCAGAUGGCCGACUACUUCAACUGCGGUGACGCGAGCGACGCCAUUGACUUCUGGGGCUACAACAUCUACUCCUGGUGCGGUCAGAGCUCCAUGCAGAAGUCUGGCUAUGACACCGAGACCCAGUUCUUCUCCAACUACUCUGUCCCCGUCUUCUUCGCCGAGUACGGCUGCAACCUGCCCAGCGGCGCUGCCGACCGUAUCUUCCAGGAAACCGCUGCUCUCUAUGGUGACGAGAUGUCUGCUGUCUUCAGCGGUGGUAUCGUCUACAUGUACUUUGAGGAGGCUAACGACUAUGGUCUGGUCAAGGCUAGCGGCAGCUCCGUCACCAAGUUGAAGGACUUCAGCGCUCUCCAGUCUCAGGUUGCCAAGGUCGACCCCAAGGGUGUUGACUCGGCCGACUACAAGCCCACCAACCAGGCCGCCAAGUGCCCUGCCCUGACUUCCAACUGGCAAGCCUCCGACAACCUGCCUCCUACCCCCGACUCUGGUCUCUGCUCUUGCAUGCAGGCUUCUCUGUCCUGCGUCCGCGCCUCCGGCCUCGAGUCCAAGGACUACGGUGACAUCUUCAACUUCAUCUGCGGCAACAACCCCACCGUCUGCGCCGGUAUCAAUGGCAACGCCACCACCGGAGUCUACGGUGCCUACAGCAUGUGCGACGACGGUGCCAAGCUCGACUACGUCCUCGACACCUACUACAACUCCCAGAAGAAGGCCUCCACUGCUUGCGACUUCAACAGCCAGGCCCAGGUCGUCAGCGCCAAGCCCGUCGCCACCUGCUCUGCUGCCCUGGCCUCUGCCAGCAACAUCAACAAGCAGGCCGCCACUGCUACCGGCCCCGUCAACGCCGGUGCCACUGGUGGCAGCUCCACCAGCGGCGGCUCCAGCACCAGCAGCAGCGCUGCCGUUGCUGGCCGCCCUGCUGCCUACCUGCUCAGUAUGGGCGAGCUGUCCAUGGCUCUGUACAUGGGUGUUGCCGUGCUCACCGGUGCUAGCAUGAUCCUCCUGUAAUUUUGAGAAAAGAAAAAACAUUUAAUUAGAAAUGGCCUUGAUUUGUUUUUAAUUUUGUUCUUUUUCUUUUUCUGAAACUUAUUUUUUGGGCUUGUUGUAUGUAGAAAACGGUCAAGUUAUUUAGAGGAAAGUGAAAUAAUUUAUUCAUUGUUUUUUUUAUUAUAUAUACUCGACCUACAAGUCAUUUCCCGGACAAAGACGCACAAAGUCUGGGAUUAUGAAUGACUUCCCCUCCCUCCUUCUAUUAUAUAUAUUUGCACUUUUCUUUCUUUUUCUUUUCGGGAGGAGAGAGGUUUACUUUUCAUGUUGGAUGUAUUGAAGGCAUCUUAUAUCCUUAGAGUUGUGUUUGCGGCUUUUGCUGUUAGAAUGGGUUUUUUGUUGUCGUUUGAUAGCAGUAUUGACUUUUACGAUUCUUAUUUAUACUUGUGAAAUACUCCUUUAAAAGGCUCUUGUUCACUUUUGCGUCUGUGACAUGGUCUAUUGCAGUUCAUCUAGGUACUGUUGUCAACAUAAAAACUUGCCAUGUUCAGCGUCAGAAAUCGCUUAUUGAGGCAAUGUAAGUAUGCUGCAGGGGCUGUGUUUUCACCGUACGUCUGACCCCGCUUCCAUUCCUUCAGCACUUCUCAUGCAG